GAAACAUCACAGAUAACAGAGAAACAUAGAUAAGCGAGGAGCCUCUUGAAAAACAUAGUAAUUGCAAUGUUGAAUCCCUAAAUAAACCAAAUCAGCUAUAUGUAUGCGCAGGAAAAAAUUAAUGCUGGACAGAUAGCUAUCUGAUUUUUUCGUUGUACUACCGAGAAGGCAAUGCUUAUUAUGCGACAUUUUCUGCUUAUUAUGGACAGACAGCACUUUGUCCCUUACAAAAUGAAGGGCAGCAUUCGUGUUUCUUGAAAAUUUGAAACAUAAGUCAAUACAAAACUCCAUUAGGUCAUCGUAUGAUCUUGAUGAACUUUCAGGGAAAAAAAGUAAGGCCGGUUCUUAUGUUCACUUAGUUGAUUGUUUCGAAUAACCCUGGGUACUUUUCUGCUUUGAGUUGUAAUUCUUGAGAUGAAAUAAAAAAAAAAAAAAAAUUAUUUGCAAAUUUUAUUCAUGGGUUUGCCUCAAAUUUCACCGGGAAAUUUAUCCGAAGAAGUCUCGACAUCCGCAUUGAUUCAAGUGCCCUCUCUAUUUGGAGGGCUGAGAGAAAGACACACACAAGAAUCUGAUUUUAUCGGUGGUUUGCAUAAAGAUGGUGUUCCAAAUAUGCAUAAAUUGAGAAUCGAUUCUAUAGACCUAAACUGCUUUUCGUCUCAGAAUGGCGGAAAAAAUAUUCACACCCCAUUUUCAAGAAUUGUUGGUUUCGAGCCGAACGAGGGCCAAAACAGACAACACGAAAGCCUGGCUUUUGGAAAUGGCACAUCGAAUGAGAAUUCAAGUUCAUUGAUCAGAAAGAGGCUGUUUUUUCCUUUUUGCCAUGCAUCCAGCUUUUCAGGUAGUAAUACUCCACCAGAUGAUGUUUACGAAGCCAAUUUGCGUAUAACAACCGAUGGGCCUUUGUUUGAUGACAGCUCACCAUAUUAUGGUGUAGCUUGCUGUAGCGGAACAAUCCAGCCGCCUCCGAAUAAUAGUUCCGGAAAUAUAUUUUUAUUACGGGAUACAGUUUUUUCGCCUCCCCUUUCUUUAUCACCUCUUGGGCCGAAAUUUUGUGAAGUUAAAGAUGGAAUCUUUUGGAGGAAAGGGCUAGAGGAUUGUGAGAAUUGUAUGAUGAGCUUUGAGAAUUUGAUAUCUGUUCAAGGUCAAAAUCCAAUACUUGCUGCUACCCAAAGUGUGAAAUUAGGCAAAUCUUUGAGUGGAUUGUCUGUUAGAAGGUCGUUAGUUGGUUCGUUCGAGGAGUCACUGUUAUCUGGUAGAUUAGCUUCUGGGAUAGUUAACCAGAAGCUUCCAUUUACAGUAACGAGCGUCGAUGGUGAUAAUUACUUACUCUACUACUCAUCUAUAGAUCUUUCGAGAAACUUAUCUUCAGGAAAAUGUGAAGGCCCAAAAUUAACGAGAAGCCUCAGUGUUAAUGGCUCCUCGGACGAGAAAGUCCGUCUGAGAAUACCUAUGAAAGGGAGGCUGCAAUUGGUCCUAAGCAAUCCCGAAAGAACACCGAUUCACACAUUCUUUUGCAACUAUGAUUUGAGUGAUAUGCCAGCUGGCACAAAGACCUUUCUUCGCCAAAGGGCCACUCUAGCCAUUGAUAGAGGCGAGCAUAAAAAUUCUUGUGCAAGAAAUGAGUCCACACUUUCAACACCACACGAGACUUUAUGUUCCGAUGCAUGUGGGGCCAAUGCAAAAAGCUUAUUAGAUGACAACUGCAAACAUAUUAAUGGUAUAAACGAAAUCACGUUCAAUUUAAAAGAUGGUAAAUCUGUAUGUUGCCUGUCCAAGGUUAACAAAAGUACCUCAAGUUCAGGCGUUUUGCGUUAUGCCCUGCAACUCCGUUUUGUUUGCCCCCACAGCAAAAGGUGCUCGAGAACGGGCCUUAAGUGCAAAUCGGGCUCGGCCUCUCUGCCUUCCAAUAACGGCAUCGAUUGCGAAGGUCAACGCCGUUUUUACUUGUAUAAUGAUAUGAGAGUCGUUUUUCCUCAGCGCCAUUCGGAUUCGGAUGAGGGCAAGUUGCAAGUGGAAUAUGAUUACCCCUCGAACCCAAAGUAUUUCGACAUCAGCGAAUGACAAAGAUGUUCCGGUUAGGCGAUUCUCUAAUUCAAUUAUCUGUACAUAUCUGUACAUAAAUUCCCUGAUGGAUUGGCUCAACCAGCAUCCCUUGUAAAUUCAUGUUAAUAAAUAAUUAUGCCACAAACUGUAGAUUCGACAUUUGUUUCAGCAGAACAUAAAAAUAACUAUUCCAUUAACUAGAAAGGGUUUUUCCAUUUCAUUUUUUUUUUUCCGAGUAUUUUAUUUCAAGUUAUUUUUUCUUAGGACGUUGCUCUUUAUUGAGCAAUGGCUUUGAGCUCUUAUGGUUUAAUGAAUUUUUCUACAUAUUGAUGAAUUAAUGUGUUGAAGUAGCUCUGUGCAUGAACUGCCUGGAUGUCGGAGGAUGAAAAUGGGAAAGGUCAUUUCGUUUAAAUUCGUAGAUUGUUGAUUAUUUUGAAAGCUUGAAUGCCUUAUUAAAU